AUGUGUGCCAGCCAAAUCUGGAAUGACGUAAUGCUGCUUGAUCCGAGGGUACAGAUUGCCGGCUUCAUAUUUCUUAUGGACAUGUCCAAUAUGCAACUGAGGGAACUUCAGCAAAUGAGUGAUCAAAACGUUUCAGAAUUGAGUUGCAAAUAUUUUCAGGUAAUGGUUUUGAAGGAAGGUUUGCAACAAGCCUAUGACGCCGUCGCCGGUCUGCAGGAUGUCAUGCCAAAAGAAUACGGUGGACAAAAUGCUACUACGGAUGAAAUUUAUGGUUGGUUACAACACGUUCUGUUUGUUUAA